GGAAUUGAUCAUCUUGGUAGUUGGUACAAGUUGUAUGUGUUCGAUUCGCCUCUCUUGUGAAUGUGUCAUUCAGUUAGUAAACGAAUACCUACGACUCGGAUUCUUUGCCUAUUACUACUUUCUUGAAGGUUACGCGUCGAUUUUAUUUCGGGUUUUAAGUCUCAACAAAUUUGAAAAAAUGUUUAGCGGAAUCGCAGGAGCGUUCCGGAGCAUGGGCGAGAAGGCGUCAUCUCUCUUCGACAGAAAGAAGAAGGACGCUGAACAGAUCGCCCAGGAGAAGGCGGCAGAAGCAGCACAUGUGGUUGAGGAUCAGGUCAAGAAGGCUGCUGAACUCGUCGCGGGAGCUGAGAAGACCGCUAAUGAGGCGGCUGGAUCUGCCGCAGACGCUAAGCACUCUGCCAUUGAUGCUCUAGACAAGGAAUUGUCUAAAGUGUCCCUCGCUGCUGGUGAAGCCCAAGAUGCUGCUGCUAAAGCCAUCGCUGACGGCAAGAAAGUCGUCGAUACAACUAAAGAUACAAUUGCGACAACAGUAGACAAUACGAAGAAAGCAGCUGGGACAGCGAUCAACACAGCGAAAGAUACGAUCAGUAGCACAGUAGACAGUACCAAGAGUACAGCGCAAAGUGCUAUGGAGACGGGGAAAAACUAUGCUACCGGGGCUAAAGAUACUCUGUCUAGUUCUGUGGACGCUGCACAAAAAUCAGCGCAAUCAGCUGUUGAGACUGGCAAGAGUUAUGUAGACAGUGCCAAAGAUACUGUUCUCAACAAAGUGGAAGAAAAUAAGAAAUUAGCUAGCUCAGGAAUUGACACAACCAAAAGUUAUGUACAUAGUGCGAAAGAUUCAACCGAAAACACUUUACAAAGCGCGUUGGAUAAUUCAAAAGGCUAUGCAUAUUCCGCAUAUGAGUUCGGCAGAUCGUAUUUAGACUCUGCUAAAGAUUCAGUUGCGAGCACUGUAGAUAGUACUAUGAAAGCGGCUUAUUCAACAGUUGAAACGGGCAAGUCAUACGUAGAUUCUGCUAAAGAUACCGUACAAAGCACGAUUCAAAGCACUAUAGAUACGACAAAAAGUACAGCAGGAACAGUUGUUGAAACUGGAAAGGGAUAUAUUGACACAGCUAAAGAAACCGUUGCAAGUAAAGUAGAUUCUACAAAGAAAGCAGCCACGUCUGCUGUCGAGACUAGCGGGUCUUAUGUCAGUUCAGCUAAAGAUACUGUGACUAACACCGUUCAUAGCACUGUAGAAGCGACCAAAAAUGUUGCUAAUGCUGCUGUAGACAAAGGCACUGCAAUUGUAGGCACUGCUAAAGAUACCGUCACUAAUACCGUCCAAGGCACUGUAGAAGCGACCAAAAAUGUAGCUAACGCAGCAUUAGACAAAGGCACAUCCAUUGUAGGCACUGCUAAAGACUCUGUAGCAAGCACAAUAGAUGCAACAAAGAAUGUUGCAUCAUCUGCAACAGACAAAGGGCUUAAUUUUAUGACUUCUGCAAAAGAUACAGUAGCAAAUACUGUUUAUUCAACAGUAGAUUCUACAAAAACGGUUGCUGCAUCUGCUUACGAUCAAGGCGCAUCACUUGUAGAUAGUGCUAAAGAAACGGUUGCGAGUUCAGUAGAUUCUACUAAGAAAGCAGCGUCAUCUGCUGUUGAUACUGGCGCUUCUUAUGUUGGCGCAGCUAAAGAUACUGUGGCUAACACCGUUUACGGCACUGUAGAAGCGACCAAAAAUGUAGCUAAUGCAGCUUUAGAUAAAGGCACAUCUAUUGCAGGCACUGCUAAAGAUACAGUAGCAAAUACUGUUCAAAGCACUGUAAAUGCGACCAAAAGUGUAGCUAACGCAGCUGUAGAGAAAGGCACAUCCAUUGUAGGCACUGCUAAAGAUACCGUCACUAAUACCGUUCAAGGCACUGUAGACACGACCAAAAAUGUAGCUAACGCAGCAUUAGAUAAAGGCACAUCCUUUGUAGGCACUGCUAAAGAUACUGUCACUAAUACCGUUCAAGGCACUGUAGAAGCGACCAAAAAUGUAGCCAAUGCAGCAUUAGACAAAGGCACAUCCAUUGUAGGCACUGCUAAAGAUACAGUAGCAAAUACAGUUCAAAGCACUGUAGAUGCGACUAAAAGUGUAGCUAACGCGGCUGUAGACAAAGGUUCAUCAUUUGUAGGCACUGCUAGAGACUCUGUAGCAAGCACAAUAGAUGCAACAAAGAAUGUUGCCUCAUCUGCAACAGACAAAGGGCUUAAUUUCAUGACUUCUGCUAAAGAUACAGUAGCAAAUACUGUUUAUUCAACAGUAGAUACCACAAAAACGGCUGUUUCCUCAGCUUAUGAUAAAGGCGCAUCACUAGUAGAUACGGCUAAAGAUAAUGUAGAAAACACUGUAGACAGCACUAAAUCUGUUACUGAAUCUGCUUUUGGUAAAGGAGCACCUUUCAUAGGUAGUGCUAAAGAUACAGUAUCAGGCACAGUUCAAAGCACAGUAGAUACAACUAAAAAUGUAGCUGGCUCUAUUUAUGAUAAAAGUGCCUCUUUGGUUACGGGAGCUAAAGAUAUGGUAUCAAGUUUGGUGUCGGGUGAUAAUGAAUCUUCGGGAAAAAGUCUAAUUGACAGCGGUAAAGAUAGUAUCAACGCGACAGUAGACCACACAAAGAAAGCGGCUGAAGAUGCCAAGGAGAAGGCUCGAUUGGCUGCUGAAGCCGCGAAGGAGGAGGCCAGGAAGGCGGCUGGUGCUGCUGCUGAAGAAGCCAAGCGUGCUGCCAACGUAGCAAUGGAAGAAACCAAGAAAGCAGCACAAAAAGCAGCAGCCGACGCAUCUAACGCCGUCCACAGUACCGUGGACAAUACUCUCAAGAGAGUUGAAAAUGCCGCAGAUCAAGGACUCAAGAAUGCCGGGGAAGUUGUCGAUUCUAAGAUUAAGGAUGCUGAUAAAUACCUCAAUGAGAAUAGGGAUGCGCUUGUCAAUAACUUCUCAACAGCAGCCCACGAUGGUGCCGAGGGUGCUGCCGGUCUUCUAAGCAAGGGCCUCUCUGCUUUCAAAUAAAAAUCUCAUAAAAAUCAAUCUCCCUUCUUUUUUCUGCGAUAUCUAUACGGGAAACUGACAGACUGCAUUGUAAAUAAAAUAUAUUAUUUUAAUACUGUAUAUUAUUGUGAUGAAAAAAAAAUUUAUAAGUUUGCAAAUUAAUAUUUUUCCUUUUUAACAGAGUACCUAUAUUAUAUUGUAUUUCUAAUAAUAUAUCCGCUAUUGUAUUUACACAAGAAUAAUACUGUUAUCGAAUAAUAGAGUUUAAUAUGUAAUUUAGUAUAUUAUAAUAGAAAAUAAGACUAAAAUAUAUACGCCAUUUAUAAAAAUGCACAAUAAUAUUUGCAAGCUGUUAGAUUUCCCAAAGUAAUUAUUUCUCACAAAUUAAUUUAUGAUUGUAUGUUAAGAGUUUAAUCUCCUAGUUAUGUUUUGUAAUAAUGCGCGAUAAGCUAGUGUUUAAGAUUUAUUUUGGGCCUAAAUCGUACAAAAUAUAUUUGUUUCGCUUUGAAAUAAAAUUGUAGUCAUUAUAAUUGGAUAUUUUAGUUGUAAGCUUUGAAGUAAGAACUUUCGUUUUGUAGCAUUUUAAUGCAUUUUAUGUAAAAUCAUGCUUGGCUUACGUAAUACCGUCCAAUGUGCGAUUUUAUAAGCGUACCAACAUCAUUAUUACCUUCUAUUGUCCAAUUCGCACAUUUAUUAAUGUCACGGCGAAUAAAUUAUUCAACGCUAUCGUAUCUCGUUUUUUCAGGACUUAUGUUUAUGAAUAAAAUAUUUUUAUAUCAAUUAUUAUGUUUUAUGAAAGUAAAAAAUAAAAUGUUACUAAGUAUAUAAAAUGAAAUAUGUUAUCCGUUCUUAAAUUUUAAUCAUGUUUAAUAUAUUUAUAUGUUUUUUUGUAAUUACUCAAAUUAAGUCAGCAUGUGUAUUUGUUGUUUAAUAAAUGCAUCUCCAUCAUUACAUG